GCAUUACGUCAUCUAGCAAAGGCCACCCGUGUGCGUGUGCGCGCUUUGCAAAGCACGAACAUUGCCGACAACACCAUCGACUACGACAAGAGGGGACGGCCGCUUGUAGUGAUGCGUCGCCCGGCCACCAAAGAAGCCUGAUAGCGGGGCUGCAGGACACGGUCGGCUGUGUUGGUGGCGGGAUUCCUGGAGGGACGAUGUGGCGUGACAUGCCUGGAAAUAUAUUGUGAAUGAUUGAAGACUGCGGGCGGAGCGGCGACAACAUGGCAGACAGAAGGCAACUGCUCGUCGAGAUGAGGGCUAAGGAUCUGGACUCCAUUCGAUUGUCAACUUACAGAACAGCCUGCAAACUGAGAUUUGUUCAGAAGAAAUGCAACCUUCAUCUGAUCGACAUCUGGAACGUCAUCGAGGCCUUUCGAGAAAACGGCCUCAACGCCGAGGAGCUGAGCAACGAGAUCCCCGCGGGCCGGCUGGAAGUGGUGCUGUCCACCAUCGUGUACCAGCUGAACAAGCGCAUGCCCACCACGCACCAGAUCAACGUUGAGCACUCCAUCAGCUCGCUGCUCAGCUUCCUGCUGGCGGCCUACGACCCAGAUGGCCGUGGCAAGAUUACAGUCUUUGUUGUAAAGAUGGCCCUGGCAACCUUCUGUGGAGGGAAAAUUCUGGAUAAAUUAAGAUAUAUUUUUUCACUAAUAUCCGAUCCGGCGGGAAUCAUGUCGCACGCGCAGUUUGACCAGUUCCUGAAGGAGGUUCUCAAGCUGCCCAUGGCGGUCUUUGAGGGGCCGUCGUUUGGCUACACGGAGCAAGCGGCCAAGAGCUGCUUCAUGCAGCAGAAAAAGGUCUCCCUCAAUAUUUUCCUGGACACGCUGAUGUCGGACCCGGCUCCUCAGUGUCUGGUGUGGUUGCCGCUCAUGCACCGGCUCGCCAAUGUGGAGAACGUUUUUCACCCGGUCGAGUGCUCCUACUGCCACACUGAGAGUAUGAUGGGCUUCCGCUACCGCUGCCAGCAAUGUCAUAAUUACCAGCUCUGUCAGGACUGCUUCUGGAGGGGGCAUGCCAGCGGUUCCCAUAGCAACCAGCAUCAAAUGAAGGAGUACACGUCAUGGAAAUCCCCGGCCAAGAAGCUAUCUCAUGCCCUCAGCAAGUCUCUGAGCUGCGCGUCCAGCAGAGAGCCUCCCCAUCCCAUGUUUCCCGACUUGCCGGAGAAACCUCUCAACCUCGCCCAUAUUGUAGACACGUGGCCGCCAAGACCAAUGAACAUCUCCAGUGAAUACUCGUUUUCCCACUCAAUGCCAACAUCAGGGAACCCGUACUCCACCAAAAAUUUGCCUUCCAGCGGGAGUCAUGAUAUCGCUCAACAUCUGUUGAAAGGCAGAGGGUUACAUUGCAACCUGGAUGCAGUUGACAGACUCGCCGAUGAGCACAUUCUCAUUGGCCUCUAUGUGAAAGUGCUUCAAAACCACCCCAAAACAUGCUUGCUGGAGAGCAGCAACCACCAAGACGAGGAGCACAGCCUCAUCGCCCGCUACGCUGCUCGCCUGGCUGCAGAUGCCGCGGCUCAACAGCAGCAGCACAGAGUUCCCGCGGAUUUGCCAGGUUCUCUGGAUGCCAACAAACAGCAGAGGCAGCUCAUCGCCGAGCUGGAAAGUAAAAACAGAGAAAUCUUGCAGGAAAUUCAACGACUGCGCCUGCAACAUGAGGAGGCCUCGCAGCCGCCGCCUGACAGGGGUCAGCAGAACCCCACUCUGCUUGCUGAGUUACGACUUCUCAGGCAACGGAAAGAUGAGCUUGAGCAGAGAAUGUCGAGUCUGCAGGAGAGUCGCAGGGAGCUCAUGGUACAGCUGGAGCAGCUAAUGAUGCUUCUCAAGCAAGCUGAGGAACAGAAACAAGCUACUCAGGGUCCCGGCUCUCCGCGCUCGUCCCCCAGUCACAGCGUCAGCAGGCCCAUUCCCACGCCCAUCCACUCGGACUCAGCCGGCACCACCCCGACUCACGCACCUCAGGACUCCCUCAUGGGUGUGGGAGGCGACGUUCAGGAGGCCUUUGCUCAGGGUCCCAGGAGAAAUUUGAGAAACGACCUUCUCAUCGCUGCUGACUCCAUCACCAACACAAUGUCAUCGCUGGUUAAAGAGUUGAAUUCAGAGGGUGGCAGCGAGACUGAGAGCACUGUGGAUUCCGAUCUCAGCCGCGGCGACACAUUUGCAGCAACAACAACAACCUCAGAUCCCUUCCUCAAUUUUAAGCCCAGGAUCAGCGCGGCGGAGCAUGAGGACGAACGUUACGAGAACGACCUGGAGCGGCAGCUGGAGGACGAGCUCAAGUUCGAGGAGCUUAUGAAGCACAGUCAGGAGCCGGACAAAGCCUGCAUGAUGACGCUGCAACAGUGACAGUGCAAAUCCAGGGCACUGGCAAGCAAUAUUAAAAGCAACAACGAGUGACAACACUGGACGCAACGACACUGGCCAGGAUCUUAUAGCUUAGAAUAUACAUUUGUGGAAAGAAUCUAUAUAUUUUUAGCCAACCUCAUAUUUAAGGUGAAACUGUGAGCCGAUGAAUAAAUCAAGAGAUUAAUAAUCACCGAGCGCUCUAAUAUUAUUAUACCACAGGUGCCAUAUCAACCACGUGAUUCUUUUGCUUUGUAUUUGUUAAGCCCAUGUAAAAAUGUACUGUUUUGUGUCUGUGUCUCGUAUAAUUUUUGAUAAUUACAUUUGAGUUGUAUUUUUAAAAUACACAAUGCCAACCUGGUCUGGUUUUACCACUCUAGUGGAACUUUAGCUUCCGUGAUUAAUCCCUUCCGAAUAGUCUAAAAACUAAUCAUAGGAAAACGCAAGCAAUGCCUCCCAUAAAAAAUUUAUGUUCUCGCCACCCCAAAAAUGCAACAUUUAAAAAAAUUACACAUACUGUAUAUACACAGCAAGCAAUGUGAAGUACAUAUAAAUCGCUAAUGAAAUCACUUUUACCUCUAUCAAAGCCUCACGUACCAAAAACAUACAAAAACGGAGGUUUCCCUGUACUGUAUUUGCAUUUUCUUCUUAUUCUUAUUAUUGCGUGUUGUUUUUUGAACCUUCAUUUGAUGCAUUGGUGACGAUGAUAAUGCACACUGCCUUAGCUUCUCGGAAAGACAUUUCAGUGGAGUUCAGUCACGCUGUCAUUGGAGCAUGUAUACAGCAUUCAAAAGCAAUGUGAGUAUUUUGCACUGGAAUAUAAACACUGUCAAAUUUAAGAUGUAAUCAAACAAUGUAAUUACUGUAUAAUUUCUGUUUCUAGUGGCUUGAGAAUUGAACCCACCAGCCGCCCCCCACUUGACAUAAAAAAAAAAUGCAAAAACCACUGUAGUGUCUAUAGUUUGGACACAAAGUUCUUGCUAUUUUCCCCCUUUAUUUCCUUUUUUUCUUUUGCAUAGCGGUAGUGCAUAAUAAAGUGUUGACACCAUACCAUAA